AUGGGGGAGAAGUUGAUGCCUAUGGGGGCUUGGGAGAGUUGGAGGGACGCGAGCAGUAUGUGGGAUAGGAUGGCGAGCUGCAUUAGGGAAACAACUAGAGAUGUCCUGGGAGUCUCGAGAGGUCACUGUGGUAGGCGACGAGGGGACUGGUGGUGGAAUGAAAAAGUCCAGGGAAAGGUGGAAGCAAAGAAAGGGGCGUACGCGAGGUUGGUAGACUGUAAAGAUGAGGAGGAGAAGCAGACGAAUAGGGAAAGAAAAGGUCUUAGACUCAAGAAUGUUCAAAGAAAUAAAGAUUUAACAUCAUCUCUAUCUGGUCAGAAUUACACAUUGGAAUUAUUGUCUGGCUCUAGUCGACAAUGUUUAGAGUUGAUGCGCAUGUCUCGUGAUGCAUAUGUGCAGUUGUGUCAAUAUUUUAGACAUAAUGGAUGGCUCACGGAUAGUAAAUAUGUAUAUGUAGAAGAAAAGAUAACAAUAUUUUUAUCCAUUAUAGGGCAUAAUGAGUGUUCUGUGGUUAUCAAGAGGAGAUUCCAACAUUCUUCGCAAACGAUUCACAAAUAUUUUCAUGAGGUUCUUGAAGCAAUGAUGAAGUUUGCAAAAGAGAUGAUAUCAUCUACAACAUCCGAUCCAAAUCUAGAUACUCCCGGUGCUCAUAAAAGGCUACGUAAAAUUUUUAAGAAUGUAUUAGGUAUAUGUGAUUUUAACAUGGUCUUCACUUAUGUUUACGCUGGAUGGGAAGGAGUAGCACAUGAUGCACAUCUUACAGAGAUUGUAUCUAAUCCAGAAAAUGGCUUUCCAUUUCCUCCUCCUAACAAGUACUAUCUAUGUGAUGCGGCAUAUCCAAACACUCGAGGAUUUCCAGCACCGUAUCGUAAUGUUCGAUAUUGGUUAGGAGAUUAUCAGCGUAGGAGGGCCAUAAAUAAGGAGGAAAAGUUUAAUCAUGCUCAUUCACAACUCAGAAAUGUUAUUGAACGUGCUUAUGGAGUUCUAAAAGCAAGAUUUCCGAUAUUGGAUAAGAUGCCUCCAUAUUCUAUUGAUAUCCAGAGAGAUGUUGUUGUUGCAUGUUUUGCAGUUCAUAAAUUUAUCCGGAAGGAGCGUAUAAAUGAUGAACUGUUUAAUCAAUACGAUUCACCUCAGUUAAUAUUUGAUGAGGAAGAAGGAGAACAAGAAGAUAUGUUAGAUGAAGCAAGUGGACCUAAUUGGACAGCUGAAGAUUCGCAGAUAAUGCACAAUAUGCAUGAACAACUUACCCUUCAACUAAUGCAAAGAAGAGGAAAUACUUGA